UUGCCCUCUCUCUCUCUCUCUCUCUCUAUCUGUUCUUCUUCUUCUUCUUCAGGUUUCCUUCCACUUUUGCCUGAAAAGGGUUCAUUUUUGCUUCUUCUCUUUGUGAUCUGGUCCGCUUGAUCUCUCUAAAUGGAUUCAGCUAAUUACGGUAUAAUACUGCCUUCGCGCCUUGUUCUUGACCUUAAUGAGGAUCAUCAGAGCCAUGAACUCUUCUUGAUGAGCCCACCGAAAUCCGAAGUUUCAUCUUCAUCGUCCGUCCCUCUCUCAUCGCCAAGUCCCAUCUUCUACAACUUAUUAGGUCAAGAUCUUCAAGGUGGGUCAUGCAAAUGUGAAGAUCAUCGUCAGCAUGAGAAGCUCCAACACCCUCAGGAGGUUGAUCACGAGCCCGUUUCGCGAGGAGAGUCUUAUGGUGGUCAUGGACUCAACAUAACCUUGUGGAAGAAUGGAGGAGGAGGAGGAGGAGGAGGAGGAGUGAGAGAUGAGAGCGACCAAGCAGACAAGUAUUAUUCGGUGAAGUGGAUGUCUUCCAAGAUGAGGAUCAUGAAGAAGAUGAUGAGCUCAGAUCACCAUGAACAAUCACGGGACAACGCACCGAUGAUGACUAGUGGUUCAAUUUCAGCUGGUGGCGAUCACAAGUUGUUCGUCGAAGAUCACAAGCGAUUGCCAUCAUCGUCUUCUCUCGAGACUGAUAGCAGCAGCAACAGCUCCUCCUACAACGCCAACCCAAUUAGGGUUUGCUCAGAUUGUAACACCACCAAGACUCCACUUUGGAGGAGCGGGCCGAGAGGUCCAAAGUCUCUCUGCAAUGCUUGCGGGAUCCGGCAAAGGAAGGCAAGACGAGCCAUGGCUGCUGCAGCUGUGGCUGCCACGGACAGUGGAGCUCUUCCUCCGGCCACAACGCUAUCUCCAAAGAGCAAGUUGAAACAACACAACAACCAAAGGUCGAGCAGGGCCGCAGGUUGCGGACAAGAGCCAAUAAAAAAGAAGCGCAAAGCAAAACCGCAUAAUAAUCAUGCAUCGACCGGUGGAAGAAAGCUUUGCUUGGAAGAGUUCGCCAUAAGGUUGAGCAAGCACUUAGCUUUCCAGCGAGUAUUCCCUCAGGAAGAGAAGGAAGCUGCGAUCUUGCUCAUGGCUUUAUCAUAUGGACUGGUUCAUGGCUGAUGACAACGGCGAUGACGAUCAGUCUGCAAGAAAGAGACAAAGUUUUUCUUACCAAAACGGUUUGGUUCACAUAUUUUCUUUUAGUACUUGAGCAACAUUAUCAGGAAGCGACAUGUUUUACUUAGUUUGAAUCAAUGUAGGUUGGAGCGGGUGAGUUGGAGGGGAAACAACCAAAACCAGAUGAGGAUUAGUGAGCUGAAUAAUAAUAAUAAUAAUAACAAUGUAUAAGACAUGAUAAUAAAGUGUUGAGUGAUGUGGUCUCGUCAGGAAAUUUUUUUUUUUUUUGGUCGAAGUACUUCAGCAGGUUGCUAACCAAAGUAUGGAUCUCCUGUUUAUUUACAUGUUUGUUUUCAAGGUUAUCAAGAAGAGAAUUGAUUUGAAAAGAUCUAGUUA